AUGGAAGAUCUCACCAAUGUGAACAACAGAACCCGCAAGUAUGUAUCGGAUGGGCUGGAAUCUAUUAUCCUGACUUUCGGUCAGUUUUUUUGAGCCUCAACCUUUUUUUUAAAAUAAGAUAAUUUCAGUUCGAGAGCUCCAAGAGAUGAGCACCGCCACUCGAUAUGCUCCUGAAAUGGUCUAUCAGCACUUUGGCGAUGAGUAAGAAAAAGUUUAUGCGAGUUGUUUCGAAACAAUUCACUAAUUGUAGAGAGACGAUCUUUGGAUACGAAGACCUGGAGGUGACAGUUCAUCACACGGCUCAAACACUCUACACUUACAUCAACGUCAAUUAUUCUGCAAAGUUCAAGGAAGAGCAGGGCCUGAAAGCUGACGACAUCGUUGAGAAGCUCGUUCAUCAGGAUGUUAGAGCAAACGUUCUUGUUUCUGGAAAGGAGGAAUUCCAGCAGAAACUGAUAAGACAAAAAGAGUUCGAACCGUAUGGGGAGCUUAUCCACAAGUUUGAAAGUAAAGGAAAGAAGUUCGAAGUUUACAAAGUGACGGAGUCCUCUGAGGACUUCGAUCUCUUCCUCGAAAGAAUUCAGACUCUUGGCAUGUUGUAAGGUCCCAUAAUUGCCUUCAAACUCUGUAAUUUGGUAUUUCAGCUACAUCGAAUGCUGCUCUUUGACCAAUAACUCCGAAGAGAACUGGAUGCAUUAUUUCAUGUGAGGCGUUCCAUAUUCCACAUUCAUCAAUUCAAUUUACUUUCAGUUACGAAAUGUGCGACACUGGUGAAGGCGACGGAAGCACUCUCCCACUGGUCGCCGGAUACGCUAGUCUCUAUAGAUUCUAUAAUUACCUUGACAAAACGAGACCUCGCAUCGCCCAAAUGCUUCUUCUUCCACAAUACAGAAAGACGGGAAUCGGCGCCCAGUUUAUGGAGUCAUUCCUCCGUGAUCUCCGCGCCACCCCCGAUGUUUUCGACAUCACCGUCGAAGCUCCCGGCGAUCAGUUCACCUACCUGCGCGAUUAUGUCGAUUGUGUUAACUGCAUGACCCUUCCCGAGUUUUCAUCGGAAAAUUUGAAGAAAGGAUACACAGAAGACAUGAGAAUGGCCGCAUUGAGAACGCUGAAAAUUUCGAAAGCGCAAGCGAGACGUGUCUACGAAAUUCUUCGAUUCCGCGUGACGAACAAGAAUGAUAAGGAAGAGCUGAGAAAGCAAAGAGUCGACGUGAAAAAACGUCUUUACAUACCAAUGAAAAGAUCGGAACGCGACUGGAAACGCCUGAAUCUUGCUUUGACGCCGGAAGAACUGAAGCAAGCCGCGUGCGGAGCCAUGGACGAGGAGACGAAGUUCUCGACGUUGAGCCAAACGUACGAGAGACUGAUGGAGGCGUAUCAGACGACUAUCGAUCGCAUUGCCGCACACCCCAGAAUCUUCUAA